CUCUACACAUCCUGCCCGGGGUCCUUCUCAGCAACACCCUUCCAAGAUGGCAGCCAACAGUGGCAGCACGGGUAGCAAAUCAAGCAGCAGCGCCGGAGGAAAACAGUCCGGUCCAUCGGCCGAACAGGUGGUGGCAACAUUUCAGAGGAUGCGUCAGGAGCAGCGCAGCAUGGCCUCUAAAGCUGCAGAGUUAGAGAUGGAGAUCAAUGAGCACAGCUUAGUAAUUGACACCCUGAAGGAAGUGGACCCUUCAAGGAAAUGCUUUCGUCUAGUCGGAGGAGUGUUGGUGGAGAGGACGGUAAAAGAAGUUCUACCAGCCUUGGAAACCAACAAAGAACAGAUUUCAAAAAUAAUCGAGUCCAUCAACACACAGAUGCAGACGAAAGGGCGGGAACUCACAGAGUACAGGGAACGCUACAACAUCCGGUUGGUGGGAGAGGGCGAAGGAGAGGCACAAGCCCAGUCAGCUGCGUCCUCCAGGGACAGCGAAGGAGGCGGGUCCAAAAGCGGAGCUGGCGUUUUAGUGUCGUAGUUUGUAAUGAUAGAGGACGACAGUAGGGCUCUAAGAUUUCUGCUACAUUGAAAUCAUAGUUGGUGUCACAAAAUCUAGGUUUAAAUAUCAAAUCACUCUUCACAGGAUAACUGCAGUUGGAGAUUAAUGAAAUCUCUGCUAAACAUAAAGCAUUUGGUAUUGAAAUCAUUUGUAUCAGAAAGAAACUAAAACGUAUAUAAUGUUAGAUUGGGGAUUUGUGUUUGACGUUGGUGUGUGCUAAAAUUAAGGGUGUUUGUCAUACAUUUGCCUUAUAGUAAAGCUGAUCUUUAAAUGUUAAUUGCUUAAAAUAGUCUGACAUAUAUUCAGGAGUUAAGUUAAAGCCUCUGGACUUUUGUUCGUCUCACCCUGUUGUUUACACGUGAUCACACCAAGUCAAAAUAUUUCACUGUCUCCAAUUUAUAGGUAAUGCAUUUAUUCUUCCCAUGUGAGGCCAUGUUGCCAAGGUGAUGGGGUGAAAGUGCAAAAAAAACUGGAAGUGCACGCAGAAAUUAAAUAACUAGAUCACAGUGCAUUAUUAAGUAAACCUGCCUUUGCAUUUUUUUAAACUUCAGAUUUUGGACUAACAACGUCAAAUUUAGGAAAAAUAUAAAUGCUGAUCUCAUAGGGCCCUAAAAUAGGUUUAAGCCGCAUAAAAAGUCACCCCUGCCAAGACAGAACAGGUCCUGGGAGGCAUUUUGACAUUGUGUGUCUUGAGCAUGAACAAGAGAUUAUACUGUAAACCCGUCACUAUUGAUCAGAAUUAAUCUGUCAGCUUUGUGCUCCCUCUGUUUUAUUCACGACUCAGAAAACUGUCUUCACGUAUUGGCCGUGCACUGAAAGGCUGCUGGUUUCUAUUCAUAAUGGUGAUGUAAGGCCAUUUGUGUCUAGUAUUUACUGACCAGUGAGUGUUACCACCACACUUGAAUAAUAAAAGCCUGUCACUUAAAACACAAUAAAACUUGUUAAAUUAGUUUGGAGUGUAGAAAUGAAUUUGUUAACGCAGUCUUAACUGAGGAAAUGCCUCCUAGGACCUGAGGUGCACUGUCCACACUGUUCAUGUAGUUGUAAGGACAAAAAUGUUUGUUUUUGUUAAUGGUCAUGAAUUAAAGAAUGUCACAAAUGUG